GGGAUUCCAUCAUCCGGGGCUUGCCUCUGCCUUGUUCUUUCUCUGUUUAUAAACAGAAAGAGCGCAGAAUGGUCGAUGCGCCGUGACGUCACUGCUCCAACCACGUCAUUUUAUUUUGACCUUUCAAAAUGUUUUUCAUACUGAACAAGAAAUAAUACCCAUCAAAAAACCGCGUGUAUUUAGUUACAAUGCGAGCAACCACGCGUGCAUUCGACAUCAAGUGUACUUAUUUUUUAUUGCCACAUGUAACGCACGUGUCGUCCGGUUCCUGGAACUGCAACAAUAUUAACCUUUAAUUUGCCAGAGAGCUUAGAGUAAGGCCUAUGAAAAUGAUCGAGAAAAAAAUAAACACCUGAGACGAACUUUACGAAAAAAUAUUCACAAUAUCGCACUAUUCCCCGCCAACUGUUUCAAAAUGAGUGAAAGGCAAACGAGGGAUAAAUCGCACCCCGCUCCGGUCCAAUAAUCCAUGACGUGUUUUCCACGCGCCAUCUCCAUGUUUUGACUACCACCGCCAACAGCAACACAGCGAACCCUACCAACACAUAGCCGUUGCGCUUGCAAUCCCCUCGGUGUUUUUCAACAAAAUGGCUGAUUUGGGGGAUGAUACCGGAGCGAGAGCUCUACUGGCCCUCAAAUCUGCGCCUUGUAGCCCGGUGGCUGUUUCUGCCCCGCCCGUGUACACUCUCUCCUCGACUUCGCCCGGGAUCACAUUAUCUCCGUCGCAGGCCCUCGCUCGCCUGGAAGGCAGGGACUUCGAGUUCACCAUGCGCCAGAGGACGGUCACCGUGGGGCGGAAUUCGUCGCACGGCUCCGUGGAUGUCAACAUGGGCCACUCGAGCUUCAUUUCCAGGAGACAUCUGCAAAUCACCUUCGAGGAGCCGCAUUUCUACCUGCGCUGUCUCGGCAAGAACGGUGUGUUUGUCGACGGCGUUUUCCAGAGGAGAGGCGCACCUCCACUUCUCCUGCCGAGGGAGUGCACAUUUCGAUUUCCCAGUACGGUGAUAAAGAUUCAGUUUACGGCGCUGUACCACAAGGCGACACAGAAGAAGGAGGCUCCUGUGUCCCCUGUGAGACCGCUUUACCCACAAAUCUCUCCGCUGAAAAUCAGCAUUCCUGAAAAUGACUUCAGAACUAUGAUGAGUCCCCUGCCUUCACCGACAGGAACUAUUAGCGUUCCCAAUUCCUGCCCAGCGAGCCCUCGGGGUGCAGGUUCCUCGGGAUACCGCUACGGGCACAACAUCACCUCAGAUCUCCAGCUGGCAGCAGAGUUCGCAGCCAAAGCUGUGUCAGAACAGCGCGCUGAAGCCACAGGAGGAGACAGUCCUAAGGAUGAGUCCAAACCACCAUACUCGUACGCUCAGCUGAUAGUCCAGGCCAUCUCGUCUGCACCGGACAGACAGCUAACACUAAGUGGCAUCUACGCUCACAUCACCAAGCAUUAUCCCUACUACAGGACGGCCGACAAAGGCUGGCAGAACUCCAUUAGACACAACCUGUCUCUGAACCGCUACUUUAUUAAAGUGCCGCGCUCACAGGAAGAGCCAGGCAAAGGUUCGUUCUGGCGUGUGGACCCCUCAUCGGAGUCCAAGUUGGUGGAGCAGGCCUUUAGAAAGCGCCGGCAGAGAGGAGUGUCCUGCUUCCGCACACCCUUCGGCCCGCUGUCCUCAAGGAGUGCUCCAGCAUCUCCCACCCACUCCAGCCUCUUCUCUCCACACUCGAGUGGCCUCCAGACCCCUGAGUGUCUGUCACGCGAAGGAUCACCAAUGUCUCAUGAGCAUGACUUUGGUUCUAAGCUUGCUUCUGUGCCCGAGUACCGAUACUCCCAGAGUGCACCAGGCUCUCCAGUGAGCGCUCAGCCUGUAAUCAUGGCUGUACCACCUCAGUCCUCAGCCGUGUUACCCAAGCCUGUGGCUUACAUGCCGGCCUCCAUCAUUAGCUCCUCCCAGGCCUCUGGUCAGGCCAUCCAUGUGGUGCAGCAGGCACCAGCUGUCACCAUGGUCCGUGUAUUGACCACCUCGACCAGCUCCCCCAAUGGCUACAUCCUGGCUAACACCACCUCAUCAGGCUCUGGAGAGGGACCUGGAGAUCAAAGAGGCCUUAACAGUCUGUCUAUGGUCUGUGUAGGUGCAGUGGAGGAGAUGCCUGUGGUUGGCAGUAGAGUGAUUCAGGCUGUAGGGAGUCACAUAAGCUCGGCCAAUAGGGGGCAGCAGAGCUACACUGUUGUCCAGCAGAGCGGCAUUCACCAGCUUCCUGUGCAGACCAUUGCUCAGAAUGGCAAACAUGCUCUUCCUGUCACCAGUGCUUACGCUCUUACCAGUCCUCUUCAGAUCUUGGCUGCGCAGGCUUCAACAUCCCCACCUGUGCUGGUCAACAGGCCCUCCAGCAUGGAACCCGACGAGCCCGAGCCCAAACGGCCCAAAAUGGAGGAGGACAGUGUCGCUCCGGUCCCUCAGCCUGUAAUUGUUGCAAUGAACCAAGAGGCCAGCGAAUGAAUGAGUGAGUGAGCGAGUGAGCCGUUGACCGAUCUUUAAAGCACGUCUCGCAAUGUCGUUAAACAUAUUGAGGGAAACGUGUUUGGUUUUCUUUAAAACAAGAACUUCAAAGUUUUGUAAACGCACGGCACAGGUAACUGAUCGAAUGUCUCUGUAAGAAGAGGUUGUUGUUUCAUGGGGGUAAAUUCAUUGAGCUACAUCUGGCAGCAUUAAAAUUCAAUGCUCACAGUUUUAAUUUUGUAGGGGUUUUUAAUCUUGUAAGAAUGUUUGAAAGAAGUAUGAAGAGAGGUGCAUGUGCUUAAAGACACCAGCUAGGCAUGUGCGCCCAGGUAGUUCCUCACAAGGUACAGCUGAGAGAGUUCUUCUUUUCGGGAUGGGGUGGGACCAAUACCUAUGCAGCAGCUAUUACAGUCUGAGACCAGGAGUGUCUCUGAAUGAAGCAGUAUAUAAAAAGGGUCACGGGAAGCUGUGCGUCUCUGCAGUUACCUGUGUGGCCUUUGUGAGGAUUUAUUUAUCUCUCUGUUUAAAAGAAAAAAGGCUAUCUUUAAUGAAAUAAGAUUGUUACAACUCAAAGCAGAAAUGAAUAGAUAUAAUAGAGGCCUUUUCUAGCUGGAGUUCUUUAACCUACAUUAUUAUAGUGUACAAUAUAUUUUUCUGUGGAGGAUUCUUACCUUUCUUGCUUACUACAAAGAGAAAUGUCUAGAAAUAUUCUAAUUUCUUAAUUGGUCUAUGUUUAGCACAACAAUUAAAAAGAACUCAAUGAAUGUAAGUACCAUUUGUUUGUUUAUUUGUUUUGACUCAUGGCACCCACUUUUGACCUAAACAAUAUAUUAAACCAUUAGAAUGUGUAUGUAGAUACAUUUGUGAUGUUUUGUGUUAAAAAAGGAAAGUAGCUCAGUCGUAUCUGUCCAUCCCGAUUAGCACUUGGCCAAAAUUCUGCUCCCUAAAUAUCUUAAGCAUCAUAAUCCCGAUUGCAUCAGUGGAUGAAUGCAAGCACAUGAUACGUUGCUGAUGUCAACCAAAUGCUUUUCCAGACCUAGGAAUGUAACUGUUCAUAUUGAUUGUUGCAGAGGCUGUUUCUUCACUGACGUUCUGUGAUCACUUAAUCACAGAAGCCACUAAAUGAAUGUUCAGUAUUUUCAAGAAACUUAUUUCUUAGUAAUAUACACAAAGUCAGCCUUUUACUGAGACUUUCUAGUUUUACUAAGAGAAGAGUAAAUAUAUAUUGUUAGAAUUAUUCAAAUGUGUUUUCAAGACAAUCACUAACAGGAUUCAGUUCAGUAACCGCUUUGUAUGUUGCAAAUUAUACACACCACAAAUGUGGAGUAAAGUGAGCUACCGAUAGCUUCUUUGUAUUAGUGUAGUUGUACAGUGACAGCCGUACAGUGUUCCUUUUAAAUCGAAAUCUUAACAGACCAAAUGCAUAUCCUCAACAUUAGUGCCUUAGUGCUCCACUUCUUUCAGGACUAAAUAAAAUAAAUGAUAGUAGUGAUGUACUACUUAAAGACAACAACAUCAAAAAAAAUGAACAACAGCAUCCUGCCUGUGUAACAAUGUCUAGAACCUUAGAAGAAAAGGUGAGAUGAUGAAUCAUAUUGUGACUGGAAUUGACUAAGCAAUAUGAUAAAAGUACACAGGAAAUGAAAUCUAGAUGUUCUUUAUUUUUUUGACCAGUGAGGUUUUGCAUCAUUUGCAAGCUUUUAUUGAUGCAGAACUUCUUAUAGCUCAGUAGACUAAUGUAUAAAUCAAGAGGAAUCUGUCUGUAAACAGAAAAGUCUUUUGGUGAAUUUAAAGGAAUAGUUCACCCAACUAAAAUUUACUGAAAAUUUACAGACUCUUAGGCCA